AUGACCGAGGUAUCGUCUACCCGCCUUUACUUGGGCAACCUCCCCCGCAAUGCCACCAAGGCAGACGUCGAGGCCCACUUCCAGACUCAUGGCACCGGCGAAAUCACCGAGAUCAAGCUCAUGAACGGCUUUGGCUUUAUCGAGUACAAGGACGCUAUGGAUGCUCGUGACGUUGUUCCUGCCUUCCAUGGCUCCGACUUCAUGGGCGAGCGACUCAUUGUCCAGUUCGCGCGCGGUUCCCGCGCCCGCAACGAGAACUUCACUCCCAACGAGCGUGUUCCUCCGCGUCCUAGACGCACCCCAUACCGGAUGAGGAUUACGAAUCUUCCGGUAGAGACCAGUUGGCAGGAUCUUAAAGACUUUGCCCGCCAGUCUGGAUUGGACGUGGUCUAUUCCGAAGUUGGUCGUGAGCGCGACGGCACUGGAUUCGUCGAAUAUGAAACGGCCGUCGACUUGAAGACCGCAGUUGAGAAGCUGGACCGCCGUGAGUUCAAGGGUCAGGAAGUCGGCUGCACCCAGGACGUCUCUGAUCCACCCCCACCUCCUCCAUUCAAGCCUAGGGCUCCCUACGGAGGCCCUGGCGGACCAGAUGAUAGGGGUCGUGAUAGGUACCGAUCUCGCUCGCCUGUCGGCCGUCGCGGUGGUGGCGGCGGCGGCGGCGGCUACCCUCCCGCUCCGUAUGAUGAUUACUACGAUCGCCGCGGCCCUCCUCGAGGCUAUAGCCCUCGCCGCGACGACUACCGCCGCCGCACACCGCCGCGCGAGUUCUAUGAUAGACGUGAGGGAGGAUAUGGACGUUCGCCGCCUCGUGGCCGCAUGGCGCCCGAUGAGUAUGGCCCACCGCGUCCGCGCUACCCUGACGAUCCUUACGAUGCCAGGGCCGGACCUCCACCCCGUCGCUACGAUGACCCCUACAUGAACGGUCAUGGCCGCCCCUACGAAGGAGGACGCCCACCUUCGCCGCGUGGUGCUCGCCCCCGCAGCCCGGGAGGUCGCCCACCCUAUGACGCAGCGGCGGCAGAUUACCCGCCUCGUGGCCGCUACUAG